AUGACCAAUCUGAAAAGCUUUGUAGCAAAUUUCGAUGCCGAACGGGACAGUGGACAACUCGAGGGAUGGAAGCAACGAAUUGCAAAUUUAUACCACGAUUUUCAGUCUAAUCGGUUGCAAAUUGAAUCGGCACUGGAUGAGACCGGUGAAUCAAAGACAGAUGAAAAGGGGAGCAAGAUUUCAGAGGAAGCUAAUAGGGCGAUUCGGCGAGCGUUUGAACAAGACUAUGUUAUGGUUUACAGUUUUCUCACCAAUAUACUGUGUAAGUCUGAAGCGAAAGUACAGAUGAUGCUGCCAUCCCCUUCUAGAGAUUGCGUUAACGCCCCAGAUCAUUCGCUCUCUCGUAUAAAACUACCAGAAGUUAGGCUUCCAACCUUUGAUGGAUCCAUUUCAGAGUGGAUAACAUUUCGUGAUACAUUUAAAUCUCUCAUAGACUCGAAUCCCCAGCUUUCGCCAAUCGAUAAAUUGUCGUAUCUCGUUGCUUCCUUGUCAAAAGAUGCCAGAAAGGUAAUUGAAUCGAUCGAGCACAUCGCCGCCAAUUAUACCGUUGCAUGGCAUCUGUUAGAAAGGCGUUUUGACAAUAAAAAACUAGUGGUAAAAACGUAUAUUGACAGUCUAUUCUCAAUUGAUUCAAUGAAAAGGGAGUCGUAUGAGUCGCUGAUGCAACUGGUCGACGAUUUUGAGCGGAACCUGUGCAUGAUCGAAAAGAUGAACAUACCAACCGACGGUUGGAGCGUAUUGCUGGCGCACAUGGUUUGCAGUAGGCUUGAUCCUUCCACUCUGAAACAAUGGGAAAUCCAUCACAAAUCAACUGAUGUACCCACGUACCAUGAUGUUAUCGCAUUUCUUCGUACUCAUCUUACGGUGCUCCAAUCGUUGACGCCGUUCAAAUCUCGUUCGUUUGAUUAUGUGAAAUCGGAAACGGUCCGGUCGCAGAAGUCUAAAGUAAAUACAGUCCAUACAGCUACCAACUCAUCGCCCGGUACGUGUCCAUUUUGCUCAAAAUACGCACAUUCUCCGUUCAAAUGUGACGUGUUCCAAAAACUCUCCGUGGCGCUGCGCUUCGAGCAAGUAAAAAAGCUAAACCUCUGCAUCAAUUGUUUUUCCUCCUCCCACCUACUAAGGAAUUGCUCAUCCGGUGCAUGCAGAGUAUGUAACCAGAAGCACCAUACAAUGCUACACCAAUCACCGACCGAUCGCUCGUUCACCCAAUCGAAAUCACCUAUACCUAUCACUUCUAGUUCGCAACCACCGAAGUCGUCAAAGGACAAUCAACCUAACUCGUUAAACCAACCUUCAACUUCUCGAUCCUCGCCACCAGCAGAAUCCCAAACGCCAACAGCCACUGCCUCUAGCCUUGUUUCCACCACUCUCGUCGGAAGUUCCUGCAAUGUUCCUGCCACUGUACUGCUGCAAACAGCCAUUGUAAAGGUCUUCAAUUCAUAUGGGAACGGACAGUGGGCCAGAGCGCUCUUGGAUCCUGCUUCUCAGUUGAACUUAAUAACGGAAAAUCUCGUACAGAAAUGCCAGUUGCGUCGCUACUCCAAUCGUCAAGAAAUUGGUGGUGUAGGCAACUCUAUCGUCGUAUCGUACCAUGCGGUUACCAUUCGUAUUGGAUCUCGGUGUUCGGAUUUCCUCGCAGACGCACAGUGUCAUAUUCUUAAGAAAAUCACACGAGAACUUCCAGUUCGGUGUGUCGAUACUUCCUCAUGGCAUAUUCCAUCUAAUAUUGUCUUAGCAGACCCGAAAUUCCAUGAACCUGGACCCAUCGAUUUACUUAUCGGGAUGGAGUUGUAUUAUGACCUGUUGCUCGAAGGUUUUCUGAAACUGGGCCCAGAAAAACCAAUUUUGCAAGGAACUGUUUUCGGCUGGGUUGCUUCCGGAAAGGUCGGUUCCAGUCGUCCUGAGUCAACUCUUAAACUGGCACAUGUCACCAGCACACAGUCUCUCGAUGAACAACUAUCUCGCUUUUGGGAAAUAGAAUCAUGUUGGACUACCAGCACCCAAUCCUUAGAAGAAACCGCUUGUGAAAACCACUUUGCCGCAAGUGUAUUUCGAGAUCAGACCGGUCGCUUUGUUGUCACCCUUCCCAAACGAGCUGAAAUUCUAAAUCAACUGGGAAAUUCGAAGGAGAUUGCUACUCGCAGAUUUCGCGCUCUCGAACGCCGUUUUGAUGCUAAUCCUCACCUGAAGGAAUCUUACACGGUUUUUAUUGACGAAUACCAUCAACUUAACCACAUGCGGGAGAUCUCAGACAGUGAAGCUUCCGCGCCUAUAGCCUAUUACCUGCCACACCAUGGCGUCGAAAAGGCAGAAAGUACAACAACGAAACUGCGAGUUGUUUUCGACGCCUCAUGCCGCACUGAUACCGGAAUCUCAUUGAACCAGGCUCUCAUGGUGGGCCCAGUCAUCCAAGAUGAUCUGUUGUCAAUUAUUUUACGCUUCCGGAUGCAUCGAUAUGUCAUUAUCGCCGAUAUCGAAAAGAUGUUUCGCCAAAUACGUGUGCACCCGUCGGAUUACCCACUGCAACGUAUUCUUUGGCGAUGCUCAUCGUCUCAGCCCCUUCGUACUUUCGAACUUACGACAGUGACUUAUGGCACGGCCUCUGCUCCUUACUUGGCAACCAAGUGCCUUCAACGGCUGUCGGAGGAUGGAUCGAAUGAUUUCCCUCUUGCUUCUUUAGUCCUAGGUAAGGACUUUUAUAUGGACGAUAUGCUGACCGGGGUUGACAAUGAAGCUGAAGGGAGUGAACUGUGUCGACAACUGUUGCAGUUGCUCCAAUCUGCCGGUUUAUGCCUGCGUAAAUGGUCUUCGAAUUCCUCGACAAUUCUUUCCGAGAUCCCACCCGAACUUCGUGACGAACGAAGUACUCUAGCUCUUGACUCGCCCAUCACUCAAAUCAAAACUUUGGGCUUGCAUUGGCAGCCGUCCGACGAUGUGUUUCGUUAUUCCGUGCCCAAAUGGUCUCAGGAGGGACCGAUUUCUCGCCGUAUUGUACUGUCCGACACAGCUCGGCUCUACGAUCCUCUAGGGCUUAUUGGUCCAGUUGUAGUGAUCGCCAAACUUUUCGUACAAACCCUCUGGCGAACUUCUAAGAACUGGGAUGAUCCGCUAGACGAGGCCCAGCAGCAGCAUUGGUUGGAGUUUCGUAGCAGCUUAGAUAAAUUAGCCACAAUCGUUAUUCCGAGAUGGGUAGCGUUCGCUUCCGCUCCAGUCUCAAUAGAGAUGCACGGCCUUUGUGAUGCCUCCGAGAAAGCUUACGGGGCCUGCAUUUAUUUGCGGACAGUUUCCAUCGAUGGGAUGAUAUCCGUACGCCUAUUAGCCGCCAAAUCGAGAGUGGCUCCUCUUGGAGACUCGAAGAAACAAAGGCGUAUUUGUUUACCCCGGUUGGAACUUUCAUCAGCGCUCUUGUUGAGCCACCUCUACCAUAAGGUUCACACCAGUGUAGAAUUGAAAACCAAAUCCAUAUUCUGGACAGACUCGAUGAUUACUCUGCAUUGGCUUAGUUCGAGUCCAUCACGAUGGAAGACAUUUAUUGCUAAUCGCGUCUCGGAAGUGCAGCAUUUAACAAGUGGAGGUGUAUGGGCUCAUGUACCUGGCAUCGAGAAUCCUGCGGAUAUAAUCUCCCGAGGAAUGUAUCCAGAUCAACUGAAGCAAACAUCUCCGUGGUGGAGUGGAGCACCAUGGCUUAGCCGAUCCUCUCGUUUUUGGCCACCGCUAACCUGUCCAAUUACCGUCGAUUCCCUACCGCCAGAACUGCUGGAGGAAAAGGCUGUCUCAAUGCCAAUUCAAGUGUACCAGCCAAAUUAA